UAACAACACAAGCUGGUGACAAAAAUAUUGAACGUUGGGAGAGCGGUAGUUGAAAAAAUGAGGCGGAAGCGGCGUUCUGAUUCGUUUGAUGAAGAUGACUUUAGAGCGAAAAGAGACAGGACAGAACCGGAUACUAUUGAAUCUCUCAUAUAUCGAAUAGGAUUCAAAGACCUUUCUAAUAUAGAAAGGGAUAUUGGAGAACUUGCGUCAGUUAUUCUAACAGAUAUCCCAAAGAAUGGAGAGGGACUUUUGAAGGUUCUGAGCAAUUGUGUAAAAAAUGUUCCAGAACGAAUACUAAUUUACGCAACGCUAGUCGGGUUACUGAAUCUAAAAAAUCGAUCGUUUGUCGGCCAAUUGAUAGAACUCCUACAACGAGACCUGAAGGAUGCCAUCAGAUCGGCGAAUUUUGAGGACGCCAAAUAUAUAGUUUUGUUCUUGUCAGUGUCUGUUAACUGUCAUACUGUUCAGAAAGCAUCUAUUCUCGGUCUGUACGAGAAUUUUGCUGAAGUCACUCUUGAUGCAGGACGAAGUUCUCAGGCUCGAACUGAUUGGUACACCUACGUAAUACUUUACGGUCUACCAUACAGUGGUUACUUGCUAGCUUCUUAUGACGCUUCAGCAUUAAACGACAUAUUAGGUACAAUUGAAGUUUAUAUGACUAAACGCCAGUGCCCCCAUGUCUCAUUAUUGCGCGUUUGGGAGACAAAUGAUCCUCACCCACAAGAAGAUUAUUUGGAUUGUUUGUGGGCUCAAAUAUGCAAUCUCCGAAAUGGUGGUUGGGUGGAAAAAGUAACUUGGAGAUUAUAUGACUCUUUUCCUAGUUUAAAAGAACAUGGUCAGCCGCAUAAAUUAUCACCUCUCACACCACCCGAUUAUGAUGCAGAGGUCAUUUAUCCUCUUCCAUCUGUGAUUUUUCGAAUGUUUGAUUACACUGAUGUGAUUGAUCAAGAUGAAAACGAGAUUGUCCCUAACUCAGAUUUAUCAUCAGACGGAGUUAAAUCUAGUAAAGAAACUCCUGUCCUCCCGGGAGCACAUACUAUCGAACGAUUUCUUAUUGAUGAACAUUUGGCAAUUUUGAUGAAUAAUUUAAGUUUCAACAGAGUUAUGUGUGCUAAAGCUUUGCUGGGACUCAAAACUCGAGCGAAAGUUGCUUUAGAUUACAUGAUCAUUGAAGCUGUUUUUGCUGGAAUGUUUCACUUACCUCGUCCACCAGUUCAACAUGGGAAUCUUCUGUUUUAUGGAAGUUUACUAGUACAGUUAUGCCAUGAGGCUAGUAAUACAAUUCCUCUGGUGUUAGCUCAAGCCACUGAAGUCCUAUUUGAGCGUUUAGAUAAUAUGAAACCUGUUUGUAUUGGCAGGUUUAUUGAAUGGUUUUCAUAUCAUUUAAGUAAUUAUCAGUUGCAGUGGAGUUGGAAAGAGUGGUCUUCAUCGCUAACGCUAGAUCCAAUGUCUCCACAAAAACGUUUAAUUACCGAAACAUUAUGUCGAUUAAUACGUUUUUCAUACUACGAGAAUGUCAAACGUUUACUUCCAAAAUCUUUUUAUAUAAUGUUACCACCUCAACCUACGGUAAUCAAUAAAUAUGAAAGUAAUCCAGAUUUGUCUUCUGCACGCGCAUUCUUUCGUCUAGUGGAUUCUAUUCGAGCGCGCCUUGAACCCCAAACUGUCUUAAGAAUAGCUGAAACUGCCUCACAAAGUCGUGGUCGACGUCUUUCAUUAUCAGAACCAUUUGAUAAUGAUGGGGUAAGAGAUGAAAGAGAUGAAGAUGCAUCUAGUGAUGAUAGUCACUCUGAUCAUAGUGAUGAGGAGCGUCGUGGAAAAAGCCCCAUUGAUACCAUUCCUCUUUCAGAUCCUGAGUUUGAUGAACUAGAUGAUCCUGAGCCUGCUAAACAAGAAAUGCGCUCUCGUCUUAAAGCACGUCGACGAAUUUUACGGGAAAGUGCAAUGAAACGUAAUUUGAAAAUAUCAUCAGAAGAUAAUGCUGAUGAACAGGUCGGUGUAAGAAGUGAUUCUGUCGAAAAGUUGCCAUUUACCACAGCACCUCAAGUGUCUGAACUUUCUCCUGGAGUGACAAAUUUAGCUAUUGAAUUAUUUUAUUCUGCUAUGUUGAUCGCUGGUCAUAAAACAAUCAGUCACACAUUUGCGUUCAUAAAAAAGUAUGCUGCUGUCAUCCGGACUCUUACAUCUACCGUUGAAACUCAAGUAGAAGCUUUACAUGUAAUUCAGGCGGUCUGGGCUAAUAAUCCACAAAUGAUUGUCAUUAUUACAGAACACAUGUGUCGUGUUGGUUUGGUUGAUCCGGAAGCGGUUGUUCGAUGGGCAUAUUCACCUAUAAUGACAACUUUAACAGAUGAUACAGUCAAUUUGAACUGUGCUAAUGCUCGUCCAAAAAUUUUAGACUUUUACGUUUGGGAGUGCUUAAGUCGAACUCUUGUUCGUGUUGGUAGGCGCGUUGCUCGAAUUACAAAUAGACUAGAACUGGCAAAAGAAACGAUGGAAAUUAACAGGCGUUCUAUUCUUAGGCUAGUUUAGUGAACUUUGCUAUCUUGAGAAAUAAGCGGUCGUCAGGAUCUUGAGGUUUUUUUUAUCUAAGUAUGUAGGUCUUCAUUUAUAUUUUUUUCCGUGCAAAUAUGUACUAGUUUCUUCAAGUUAACAAAUAAAUGUAUUAUUUUGUUUGUCAAUCUUGUUAAGUCUCCAUAUUCGACUCCUGAUCGUGAAGACGCUGACCAGGGAGGAGAUGGUGAUAGUUUCUCACGAACUGGAGUCGACAGUGAUUCAUUCUUCAAAAAACCGAAUGAUUCCAUUUCUGGGAGAGUUAAAGUCAGUGAUCGACGAAAGCUUAUGGCAGGCUGUGAACUGGUUUCUUCGUCUGACGAUGAGGCUUAUGGUGGAGGAAAGGAUAAUGUUGGUGGUCGAGUAGCCAGACUAGAAGAAGCCAGAUGUGAAGCAGUUCGCAGUCAAUGUGCUGUCAUUACACUUCUUCUGCAUCGUCAUGCUAGACUUACUGCUGAACUUGCAUCUGAAAUGUCUGGACCUUCUCAAAACCAUUCAUUCAAUACGGAUUCUCCAUUUUUCUUGCAUGAACCAACUCAACCGAAAAGUUUGUCUGACGAAGCUUUAAGAAAUAUAAUGUUUUGGUUAAAAGGUCGUUUAGUGCAGGUGGUUCUUGAACAUUGCGAUCAAUUAAUACCUUAUCUGGAUAACCUUGAUGAAUUUAUUUGUGGAGCUCAUCCUGAAGUUCAAGGCGUGUUUCAGCAGCUUCGUUCAUUGUACGCAUAGCAUUCUCAUGUUGAUACCUUGUUUAUGAGGAAGUCAACUUGUGUGUACUUCAAUUUGUUAUCUACGCUUUUCAUCCAAGAAUUGCAGAAUAUUUUGUAACAUAUAGUUCUCAUCAUCUCCCUCCCGAAAACUAAGUUUUCUUGUGUUCACUUUCGGUGUCAAAUUUACUCUAAGGAAUAACUUAAGAUUUCUCUGGGAGAGAUAUUUUUGGAACAUCGUUUUGUACUUUUUAAACACUUGCAUUUCUGGUUGUCCUUAUUAUGAAGUACUAUGGCUUUUUAGCCUGAACGUUUUGUUUUCGCUAGUGUAGGGUCACUAUCAUCCAUUCAGACGCUUUGGGAUUGUAGCGACAUAAUGCAACUGAGUUGUUGACUUUGUGACUUUCAACACUUGUCUUAUUAAGUAACAGUUUAUUCAUACCCCAAAACGAUUUCGCUCUGACGCAAGUUUUUGUAAUACGUGGUGUUCAGGCGGAAGUGUCCUAUGCUUAUUUCCUGGACAUUUACUAUUGUUUGACUGUUGGAUGUGUUGCUUUUUUCAGUAAAUAUAGGUAAUUGUUUGCCAAACUAUGUAGCGUGACAUCUGAGUUACAUUCAUUUGCACAAAUUGCUAUCAGUAUCUUGCAUCGACUAGGUUAACUUUCUGUCGUUGUUAGUUGUUCAUUCGGAACUCACAUCAUCAGUUUGAUGUGCUUCUCUUAUUUUUCUGUUUAUUUGAAGCUACUCCAGUUGCCUGAGUCGGUUCAAAGACUACCGAUGAGCACUCAAUAAUCAUUCGAUAAAAAAACCCACACAUGACCUUCAGUAUGUUAAUGUUAGAUCCGAAAGCUAUAACAAUGUUAAGUGCGUAUCUGGGAUAUUGAGUUCCGAAUACUAUGAAGUCAGAAAUUGCGUAAAAAGGCAAGGUCUCUCACAUUGUGAGUAAUAGAGAACAUAACAUUGAAGCCUAUUCAAAAGACUCCCUAUUUAGGGAGAACAAGGGUUUGUAAUGGUAGUGUUUAACACUUAUUUAAAUGAUAUGAUGACCAACAGACUUUUACGUUUGAGCAAGUCUAAUGUACAUAUGGUAGGAGACAAAGUCGUAAUUUAGAAUUACAUAUUGCAAAUUCAUUUAACAACCAAAGAGCUUUCACAUACGAAGUUGUUUUUUUAUUGAAACAUGUAAGACUUGGCUUCAUAAGGCUACUUUCGUUACACGUCUUUUCACACAAGGGAAGGUCUAGCAAGUUAUUUUAAUGUCUAGUUUAGAUAUGCUGAAUAAUGAGUACUGUAUUUAUCGCUGUUUCUGACUCGUGAAUAUUAAAAAGACAUUAUACAAUUUGUUUUUAAUUAUUCCAAUGUGAACAAGUAUUUAACCGACAAAAACUUUCCAGUGACGGUCACUAUGGUUUUCCUGGCUUACAGUUUGUUUAAAUGCUUAUGGGUAUAUAGAAUGGUGUUACUACAACAUGGAGAACCAUCCACCAUAUGUACUCAAGGUCUUAGAAAGUUGAAAUUCAAUGGUUUAAUGUUGAAAGAUUGUCUUCAUCUUAUUUUGCUUUCUCGGUGUUAGUUGUGUAGCGGUAAAUAAAUUCUCGAAAUAAAUAGUUCUGUAAGUCUUCAGCAUUUGAUAAUGACCUCAUUAGUUUUAAUGAACAUGACCAGCUGGAGGGGCUCGGUUACGCAUUUCAUGCACCUGAUAGCCAGCUUAGACUAAACUCUUAUCGAUAACCUUUCACAUAUAUGUUCGAACCACUUCAUUUCUGAUUUAAUUGGGUCGGCAUACUCUAAUUUUUAAAGAUGUCCCUCUCUUUAACUCAACUUUAGGUGAUCGACCUGGUUAAGUAUAAACAUCCCAGUAGCUGAUAUCGUGUGCUAGCUAAGGUGCGUUGCUACUCUCUCCUGCGCACUACUUCUAAGAUUUGCCAGGUUUGGUUCCUUGCCUUAAAAGGUUUAUCAAACUUGAUUGGCAACAAUUAUAGACUUUUAAGCAAAGAUGGUUAGUGGCUAGCAAUGGAAUCCGUUUGACCCACGUUUCGUCCUAUUCAGGACUCAUCAGCUUGAUGUACCUGCAUCAUAGACUUGGUAUUCACUUCGGUUCGUAUCAUUUGACUCAUUCCCACUUUAUAUGAAUAACCCAGGAGGAAUUCUGGAAUAUUUGAUUCUUUAGAAGGCGUCUUGCACACCAAUCGUGGCAGGUUGGAAGCGUUAUUGUGGAAAGUAUUUAUCAUUUAUAACAGUCAGCACACUAUCAUACGAAAUAGCUUUAUGUUUACAAUUACAUAGAGAAACGCUAUAAGUAAGCUUUUAGCCCUCAAAGGUUACUAGAGUAACCAACGAUAAAUUCAAAAUACAUAAUAUUCUAAAAAAGGCUGUAGGGUGAUAAUUGUCUGCUAGCUUUAAUUAAACAUUGAAUAAUCUGAGUACGGCAACCAUAUAGUUGUGGUGACAGUGGAAUUACACCCUGUCUUUGGGUUUCGCCUGGAGAAGUUGAAUGGUGGGUGAGAAGCGAAAGGCUGACAUGGGAGUAACUGUGCCGCUCCUCCAUGUCGGCCUGGUCACUGUGUGUACUUCUUUAUAUCAAAUAUAUUCAGUUAGCAAGACUACAUUUGUUAUUCAAAAGCAGUACCCGUAACUUCCACGAUAAGGUCAGUCAGUGACGAAAGUGGUGUGACUGACGCAAGUUCAUAUAGACUAAACAGUUAUAUCACCUUCAUUCAACGAUAUUAUAUUAAAUACGUUUUUCUAGUGAUAUAUCAGUGAUACUCCUUGAUUUUAAGUACUAUCAGUAUAUUUGCCAACUGCUUAUAGAAAUUACAGGCAUUAAUGAGGAUUUGACACGACCCAGCUGUUUAAAUAUUCUUAUUUACGCAAAUCCACCUCCUAAUUUCUAUGUCAAUCGAACUGAGUAACUAUUGUAAACCCCGUAGUGGUUUGUAAUAUCUUGGUCGUGUCUGUUAAGUG